CGGCAACCGACGUAUACAAGAGGCUUGAGCGUCCUAUGGAGAGCGCAGCCGCUCGCGCCAUGAACUUAGGAGAUGGUUUAAAGCUUGAAACUGAAUUAUUGGAUGGAAAAACCAAGCUAAUACUGUCUCCAUAUGAACAUAAAUCAAAAAUUUCUGUAAAGGUUGAAUUCCUGUCGUGUUCAUAGUGUGCUCUUUAAACACUGAACUCUAUCUCAUCAUCAUCAAGUUUAACAAACUGUGAUGGGAAAUAAGACCAAGAUUGCAAAAUGUCCUUUAAGAAAUAAACAAACUGGAUACAUUCUGAAAUCACAAAAUACUUGUGUCACGAGUGAAAAACUUUCGCAAAAGAAGAGAAUUGGUUCAGAAACUUCAUUGGCAAAAAGUGAAAAAAAUAGUAUGACUUUUUCACCCACUAAGGAUUUGUGCAAGCAGUAUGCAGAUAAAGGCCAUCUUCAUAUACAGAAAGAAAUUUCACCUGCAACCCCUAAUAUACAGCAGACUAGAAACAGCAUAAAUGCAUUUGUAGUAGCUAAACAGAAGCCUUGCAAAAAGCACAUCACAGCUGAAAAUGUGAAGAGCAGUUUGGUGUGUCUAACACAAGACCAACUACAACAGAUUUUGAUGACUGUAAACCAAGGAAAUAAAUCAGUUUCCCUGACUGAGAAUGGAAAGGAGGAAACAAGUCAGUAUAGUCUAAAUUUAAACAAUAUUCCUGAUCAGCCAAAGGAUGAGAACAUCAUGGGACUUCCGCAAAAAACUGAGGCCAUUUCAUCUGUUCAGGAUAAAAAAAAGUCUGUUUUAAAUGAAAAUCAGGUGACAUCUAAUCAGUAUGAGCAGAAAAUUGCCACAGAGAAUAUAUGGAAACCAGCUGACAUAUUCAGUACUCUGGGAGAAAGAGAACGUGAUAGAGGUUUGUUGGAAGCAAAAAAAGCCCAGUGGAGGAAAGAGCUUGAUGAACAGGUUGCUUUAAAGAAGAAAGAAAAAGAAGCUUCUGAAAAAUGGAAUAAUCCAUGGAAAAAAUCUGAAAGUGAUAAAAUAGUAUGGGAAAAACUUCAAAUUCUUGAUCAGGCUAAGGAAGCAGUACUGACGGAGUGCCCUUUCAGUCCUGUGAAACAAGAACAGCAGAGAAAAUGGAUUGAAGAGUUGAACAAGCAAAUAGAGGAUGACCGGCAAAAAAAAGUAGAGGAAAAAAUUAUAUCUUCAAAGGGUGAGGAGCAUGACAGAUGGGCAAUACAUUUUGAUUCAUUCAAGAGCUGUCCUGGUUCUCAGUCUCAACUGUCCUCUCGGUCAACGCAAACACAACCAGAGUACUUCUGUGUCUCCCCGGACGCUCAGGACCUGGCUGAUAUCAGCAGUCUGUAUACACCUGCAGCGGGAAGCCAGGUUGAACCUUCAGAGGAGGAGCACGUAGCAAGACCUGUUAGAGACGUGGCUGUGGAAAGCAGUAAGAAAAGGAACUUUCUCCGUUCUAUGACUGCUCUUUUGGACCCAUCUCAAAUUGAGGAACGAGACAGGAGACGACAAAAACAGUUAGAACAUCAGAAAGCCAUCACUGCUCAGGUAGAAGAGAAGCGCAAGAAGAAGCAGCUCGAAGAAGAGCAAAGAAAGAAGGAGGAACAAGAGGAGGAGCGUCGCUUAGCACGGGAACAAGAAGAGAUGCAGAAACAGUAUGAAGAAGAUAUACUUAAGCAAAAACAAAAGGAAGAAAUCAUGACUCUUAAGACAAUUGAACUGUUCCAGACGAUGCAGAGAGCGCAGGAGCUGGCACAGAGACUGAAACAAGAACAGAGAAUCCGAGAAUUGGCUCAAAAGGGACAUGACACUUCUAGAUUGAUUAAAAAACUUGGCAUUGAUACAGUACAAGUGGAAUAUAAUGCAUCUACUGACAACAUUGCAAAUUCAAGACAUGGCUUGGAUAAAAUCAGUGGUAAAAUGAAUGCAUAUAUCAGCUCUACAGCCUCUCCCAGGAAGGACACUGGUGUGCAAACAGAUGACUUAAAUGCAGGAAUAUUUACCAAUAUAGAAUCACGCUGUGGAUCGGUAAUAGAGAGGGAAAUUAUAAACUGUUCAUCUCCUGAGAUUCCUGCAGAAUUUAAUGAACAGUUUAACACUAAGAAGAACAAGCAAGAACUAGUAAGUCAUGAUAAUGGAGCCAAUUUAGAAAAAGAAAACAGUUGGUAUAAUGACCAGUGUAAUCAGUUCACAAGAACAGAGAAACAAACAAAACAUAUGAAGAAGUGUCCUAAAAGGCCUGAUUGGAAUAUAAAUAAACCACUGAGACGGUAUAUUCCAGCAUCAGAAAAGUACCCCAAACAGCUUCAAAAGCUGAGAGAAGAAAAAAGAGUAAGAAGGCAGAUGGAACUGCUUCAUUUGGUAGAAAGAAAUAAUCCUGGACACCUCUCUCAAAAUAGAGUCACUUCACCAGAUGUUCUUCAUUCAUCUCAAGAAACUGAACCAAGUUUCAGGUGGCAGCUAGUCAAAAAGGAAGAAGAACCUCGGAGAAUUAAUUCUUUCAGCAAGGAAAGGUCUCAAUCACCACCAGUUCCGGCAGUGAAAAACAGAACGCAGCAAACUCAGACACUAAAAAACAGUACUUAUGAAAGAGAGAAUCUGAUCUCAGGAGAUAGUCAAACAGAAUUAUCACCUGGGUUUUCUGAACCAUUUCAUUUUAUUCCCUAUGUCCGAACUAAUGAGAUCUAUUACCUUGAUCCAGAUGCACCAUUGUCUAGGCCUUUAACCCAGGAUCCUCAGUACCAAAAUCCACAUGACUGUGACCAAGAACAGCUUUUUGACCAUCUCAGGGACCCACUUCUUAAUCCAAACUUGGUGAAAAACAGGGAUCGACAGCAAGCAAUCCUUAAGGGACUGUCAGAAUUGAGACAGGGCCUUCUCCAGAAGCAAAGAGAGUUGGAAACUAAUCUCAUGCCUUUAGCUGCAAAUCAAGAAGAGAAUUUUAGUUCUUCGUUUUAAAUGUAGAAAAUCAGAUCCUUUACAUUUCUCCUCCAGAUUAUGAAAUGUGGUUGGUUGUUGCUUAACUGUAUUUAUCAAAUAGCCUAGAUUUCUUUUUAAAAUGCUUAUUUAAAACUUGUACAUUAUGUAGUAAAAUGCUGUUUGUGUAUAUAUAUAUAUUUUUUAAAACAAUAAAACAAGACACUUGUAAAAGAGCUUAGUA